CAUUGUGAUGUGUCACAGAAGGUGAUGCAACAGAAGAGCCGGGGCGCCUCCUCCAAGGUUAGUUCACUCACAGUUUCCGCCUCGAAGGAGAAACAGCCGAGAAGGAAGAAGGCAAAACCCCAAGCCAAUCCCAAACCAUUUUGUAUCACCUCAUGUUUUCCAUCAAGUAGCAAAGAGGCUGCCAGCAAUCAGCUGCUCGGCUGGGGGGGAUGAGUGGGAGACCCAACUCCAGGGGGAGCUCCAGGCUCUUCAGGGCUCCCUCUGAGGACGCCAGCAGCGGCUCCAGUGGGAGCGCUGUGCUCCCACAGCAGGAAAACCCCGACGCCAGCGGGUUAACUCGAUCAUGGAAGGCUGUCAUGGGUAUGGUGUUUAUACUGACCUUACUUCUUCUAGGAUUUAUAAAUCACAUGAAGUUUAAAGAGAAAGCGUUUCCUCAGAAAUCCAGACAAAUUUAUGCUGUAAUUGCAGAAUAUGGUUCACGGCUUUACAAUUACCAGGCCAGGCUUCGAAUGCCAAAAGAGCAACUGGAACUUUUAAAGAAGGAGAGCCAGACUUUGGAAAACAACUUCCGGGAAAUUCUCCUUUUAAUUGAACAAAUAGAUGUUCUAAAGGCAUUGCUUAGAGACAUGAGGGAUGGUCUGCACAAUUAUAGCUGGAAUGCCGACAUAGACCCCGCUGAAGGCUGGAACCACACCGAGGUCAUCAAUGAGGAAAUGUCCAACUUGGUGAAUUACAUACUGAAAAAGCUGAGAGAAGAUCAAGUCCAGAUGGCUGAUUAUGCCCUUAAGUCGGCAGGAGCCUCUGUUGUUGAAGCUGGGACCUCAGAAAGUUACAAAAAUAAUAAAGCAAAACUGUACUGGCAUGGGAUCGGCUUCUUAAAUUAUGAAAUGCCUCCAGACAUCAUUCUCCAGCCGGACGUCCACCCUGGGAAGUGCUGGGCCUUUCCAGGCUCCCAGGGUCAUGCCCUAAUCAAGCUUGCCAGGAAGAUCAUACCAACUGCUGUUACCAUGGAGCACAUCUCAGAGAAGGUGUCCCCCUCAGGAAACAUCUCCAGCGCACCCAAGGAAUUUUCUGUCUAUGGCAUCUUGAAACACUGUGAAGGAGAAGAAAUUUUUCUAGGUCAGUUUGUAUAUAACAAAACAGGGACCACCAUCCAAACAUUUGCACUCCAGCAUGAAGCUCCUGAAUUCUUGUUAUGUGUGAAACUUAAAAUUCUCAGCAAUUGGGGACACCCAAACUAUACUUGUUUAUAUAGAUUCAGGGUUCAUGGCACCCCAAGAGAUGACAGCUAGAAGAACUGGUGCAGGCAGCCAUGAUCACAAGUCCAAAAUAGUCAGGUACUCCAAUUCCCUUUGAUUAUAUCACAUCCAUAGGAAUCAAAAAUCAGAAGUGGGAGAGAAACCUUAAAGUGGUUCUUACCUGCAGUAAAAAGUGAAUGAAUUUUACUAUUGAAAGUAUGAAAAUAAAUUCAAUCUCUGCAUUAGUGUGGCUUCUGAGGAUGAAUCAUGUUGUUGAAGCACUGAAAAACGAGUUUGCAUUUAGAAGAAGAUGGUAAUUCUCAACACUCUUUCUCGUAAUAGCAUAUUUGCUUUCAUUUAUUAAUUCAUCCAUACCAGGCAUGGAUAUCUCCUGUUACCACUAUUACUUAACACUGAUCUGGACACACUCUGUAAUUAGAGAAGCUAAAGAAAUUAGAGGUAAAAUUUAAGAAGGCCAACUAUAAUUCAUUUGCAGAUGACUUGAUGAAUUCCUUCAAAAGCAAUAAAAUCAAUGAAAAAUACAUUAUAAACAAAGAUGGAUACAAAAUUAUCAUAUAUAAAUCAAAAUAAAAAAUAUAAACCACAACCAGUAAGAGGAUAUAAUUUACAAAAGCCUCAAUGGAAAUUUAAAAAAAAUCAAAUGAAAGAAUUAAACUGUAUGAAGACCCAAUAAAACAGCAGUGGACAAUGAAAAGACCUAAAAAAAUAGAAAGACAUAACCUGUCUGUGGAUACAAAAACUUCACUGUCAAGAAGUCGAUUCUGUCUAAACUGAUCUACAAAUUCAGUUAAAUCUUAAUUAAAACCCAGAAAAAAAAAAUUCUGG